AUGGUUUCUAUUUCUCAACUAGCUAAACAAUCUUUAUUCCCUAUAGAUUUGGGACACUUAGUUCAAGCACUGGAUCAACCAAUGUAUUGUUCUCAGUUAAAAGGGAAUUUAAAUAAUCGGUGUUUGAUGCCAAAAAUUGAUAUGUCAGAGUCAUCUCAGUAUUAUAUCAUUGAAGUCGAGCUUCCUGGAUUAAAAAAAGAAAAUUUAUUGCUUGAAUUUAUUGAUGAAACCACGAUACUGAUUGAAGGAUGUAUUAAAAGACAAAUUAGUGACAAGUUUGCUCAAUAUAUACCAGCUGUAGAAGGUGCACUAGAUAAGAAUGUUUCUGAAGACGAUCCUACAUAUGUUAAAAUACACGUUAAAAACAAUCUGAAGGAACUACCCCAGGCUACAUAUUGGUAUAAGGAACGAGUUCUUGGUCAAUUUAGCCGCACCAUUUCGUUCCCAACAAGUGUUGAUAGAGAUAAUGUAAAAGCAUCUUUAGAAAAUGGACUAUUAUAUAUUAUGGUACCUAAAUCAGCUGCUUCUGCUCCUAAAAAGAUUGUGGUUGAUUAG